UUCCAGUCUCCUCGUAUUCGUCAAUUCAUUCUGCUUUAGUCUAUUUCAUUAUAGAGAUCAGUGAUUUCAUUAUCAUAUUUUUUUUUUUAUAAAAAUUGUUUUGUUAUAUUUUUUACUCUCAACCAAUCAAAACUUUAGUAAAGCGCAUGUGUAGUUGUGCGUUGAUCGACAAAUAUUUGAGACAUUUUUCAGCAUACAAUUUGUCAAAAGUUAUACGGUAGUGACACAUUUUUUCUCAAGAGAGAAAAAAAAAGUAAAUUCUCUAUUUUAAAUUAAACGUGAAUGAUUAUAAAAUCAUUAAAAAUGCAUUAAACAUUACAAGAAUUGUCAAUCGAAUAGAAAUAAGUGAUGUAUUUUGUGUAAAAUAACAGUUGUCAUAUCCCAUAAUGAAGAAUGGUUAUGUUUUUCAAAUGAUAGUGGUUUAACAACAAUGGAGGACUUUUCCCCGUCAAAGUGUAUUUUUCAGAGACGUCUGCAGAAGGAGUUGAUGUCAUUGAUUCGUGAACCACCACCGGGAAUGUAUGUGGAUGGUGAUAAUGUUGAUGAGAAUUUAAAUCAAUGGGUUGUAAAUAUGGAGGGUGCAAAAGGAACUUUAUAUGAGGGCGAACAUUUUCAAUUGCAAUUUAAAUUUAGUCCAAAAUAUCCUUUUGAUUCGCCUGAAGUGACAUUUAUUGGAGGAAAUAUUCCUGUUCAUCCUCAUAUUUACAGUAAUGGUCAUAUUUGCCUCUCUAUUCUAACGGACGAUUGGUCACCGGCUCUUAGUGUGCAAAGUGUAUGCUUGAGUAUUAUAUCAAUGUUGAGUAGUUGCAAAGAAAAGACAAGACCACCGGACAAUUCGUUUUAUGUUAAAACUUGUAAUAAAAAUCCAAAGAAGACGAAAUGGUGGUAUCAUGACGACAGUGUAUAAUGAAGCUGACUGGCCAAAGUGAAUAAAUAAACCACCCAGAGUGCCCAUUUUUUUUAGGGAGUUUAAUGACAAAUUUUUUUUUUUUUCAAAUAAAUUCAUAACUAAAAGGAAAAAAAGAAAAACGUAUGAUACCACAUCAAUAUUAAUAAUAAUAAUUAUUAUUAUCUUUGUAAUAUUAUGUUACAAAAUAUGACGUUAAACGUACGAUUUGUUUAAUUAUUAUUAAAAAUAAUGCGCGUUAGAUUAUAUAAAUAUAUAUAGUGGAUUAAUUUUUUUGGAGGAAUAAGAUUUAGAAAAAAAAAGUGAUCAAGAGAUGAAAUGUGUUAAAAAAAGAAAAUUAUAAAAAAUAUUUAAUUGUUCACGAAGAGACGUGUUUAGAAUGAGUGAAUAUAUAAUUAUUUAUAUAUCUAAAAGUCAAAUAUAGACUAGAUUAGAGAUAAUGCAAAAUCAUUUAGCACAAUGUCAUAUAUUAUAAAAUCUUGUAAAGAUAUAUAUGAGAAUUAUUAUAUAUAGGGGUUUUGUUGAUCAGUGGAUCACACACUGUGUCUACGUAUAUUCAAUUUAUAAAAAAAAAAAAAAUAUAUAUAUAUUUAGGCACCAAUUUUAAUCACAGCUUUUUAUGCUUCGAAAUAAACUUUUCUUACGUCUUUGAAAAAAAACGUGUGUUUUAGAUGAUUUGUGGCUAUUCUUCGAACAUUAAAACACAUUAUGCAUUGUGUGUACUCUUCGAUUUAGUAAAUAAAUUCCAUUUUUUGCACAAAAUUCAAA